GUGUUGAACUGAAGGCCAAUCACCGUGACAUCUGAGGCAAGUAUUUAUCUGUAGAUGAAAUCGUGCAAUGAUUGCUUUUGAUCGUCUGUCCUGGUGAGCAGUGCCCAUCGAGAACAGCACAAUGACGAGCUACACUGACAAAGGGGAAAAGCCAGAAAAAGGCAAAUAUGUGCGGUUCCACCAUGUGACGUUCUGGGUGGGCAAUGCUAAACAGGCGGCAGUCUUCUACUGUCAUAAGAUGGGCUUUGAGCCUUUGGCGUAUAAAGGCUUGGAGACGGGCAGCAGAGAGAUGGUGUCCCAUGUCAUCAAACAGGACAAGAUUCUAUUUGAAUUUGUGUCUCCUCUAAAUCCUGGAAAUCAAGAGAUGGGGGAGCACUUCAUCAAACAUGGGGACGCUGUUAAGGACAUUGCCUUCCAAGUAGAAGACUGUGACUUUUUAGUCCAGAAAGCCAGAGAGAGAGGAGCAGUGAUUGUUAAAGAACCGUGGGUAGAACAGGACAACUACGGCAAAGUAAAAUACGCCGUGAUAAAAACGUACGGAGAUACCACCCACACGCUUGUGGAGUACCUGACUCCUUACAAAGGCCUGUUUCUACCUGGCUAUCAUGAACCUCUCUUUAAGGACCCACUGCUCCCUAAAUUGCCCUCAGGCUGCCUGAGCUUCAUCGACCACAUUGUUGGAAACCAGCCAGAUGAUGAAAUGGUGUCAAUAACAGACUGGUACCAGAAGUGUCUGAUGUUCCACCGGUUCUGGUCCAUAGAUGAUAAACAGAUCCACACACAGUACAGCUCUCUCAGGUCUAUCGUGGUCACCAACUAUGAGGAGACCAUCAAAAUGCCCAUAAAUGAGCCGGCACCUGGGAAAAAGAAAUCACAGAUCCAGGAGUAUGUUGACUACAAUGGAGGAGCUGGAGUUCAGCAUAUUGCCCUGAACACGUCAAACAUCAUCCAAGCAAUAGUGAACCUGAAAGCCCGGGGCAUGGAGUUCCUGUCCACUCCAGACACCUAUUAUGACAGCCUGCGUGAGAAUCUCAAGAGGGCCAAGAUCAACGUGAAGGAGGACCUGAAGACCCUGCAGGAGCUUAAAAUUUUAGUAGAUUUUGAUGAUAAGGGCUACCUGCUCCAGAUCUUCACCAAACCUGUGCAGGACAGACCCACUCUGUUCCUAGAAGUCAUCCAGAGACACAACCACUUUGGUUUUGGGGCUGGCAACUUCAAAUCCCUGUUUGAGGCCAUUGAGAAAGACCAGGAUGCCAGAGGAAACCUCACUGUCCUCACUCCUGAUGGAAAUCCCAAGUUGUUUAAUUAAGAAAUUCACACAGGUGUCUGCAACUGAUGAAAAAAUGAGUCAUGUAUAGAUUAGCACAUGACUAAUAUUGCAGGAAUGCAUAGGAAAAAAUCUGAGAUAGCCGCCAGUUCACACACUUUAACCUCACAAAGUUUUUGCACUCAAAGUCACAUCAGUGCAAAACUGUAAACUUAAGGUCUCAUCAAUAAAAUCACUGUGACGGUAAACAAAAAA